AGAAAGGGACACAGAUCUUACAAAGAAGUAAGGUAUAUCAUCUGAAAAUGAAAAUUAUAAUUCUUCUUGGACUCAUCGGAGCUACAUCGUCAGCCCCGCUUAUAACACAGCGUCUAUUGUCUGCUAGCAACAGCCAUGAGUUACUCCUGAAUCUUAAUAAUGGUCAACUUUUGCCACUGCAAUUUCAGAGCGCCUUCAACUCCUGGAUUCCUCCCUUCCCUGGGCUUCUGCAGCAGCAGCAGCAGCAGGCUCAGGUCUCAGGACGCCCACAGUUUCCUCUCUCAACACUAGAGAGCUUUGCUGGGCUAUUCCCAAAUCAGAUACCUUUCUCAAGACAGGUUGGGUUUGCCCAAGGAGGUCAGGCUGGCCAGCCAGACUUCACACAGCAGCAGACACCAUCUCAGACCCAGCAGUCUAGUCCUAUGUCCUAUGUGGUUCCUGUAAAAGUGCCUCAAGAUCAAACACAGAUGUUUCAGUACUACCCAGUUUACAUGCUUCUGCCCUGGGAGCAACCACAGCAGACAGUCACAUCCUCUCCCCAGCAGACAGGGCAGCAACUAUAUGAGGAACAGAUACCAUUCUAUAAUCAAUUUGGAUUUGUACCACAACAAGCAGAACCUGGUGUACCAGGAGGACAGCAGCACUUAGUUCUUGACAGCUUUGUAGGCACAGCUCCAGAAACUCCUGGAAUGCCAGCAGGAGAAGGCCCGCUGUAUCCACAAAAAGAACCAAUCGGCUUUAAGCAAGAUAAUGUAGGCGUUUCCACGCCCUCAACUUCACCAAAACCCGACACGGGCAAUUUUUUCACUUCUGAAAUAAACCCGACUAUUGCUCCAGUGCUUCCAGAACAGAAGGUCAAUGCUGAUAGCCUAAGAGAACCAUAAGACUUUGUUUACAUCACUCAGAAGUUUUGGAAGAAGAGGAGAUGGUACCUUGGCGUCUUUUAAAGAUUAUUUUCUUCUUAUAUGCUAAUAGAAGUUUGUUUAAUGUUAUAAAGCCUCUUCGCUGAUCUCAUUUUUCUUUACUUAAAAAGAUAUACUAUCGAUGUCACAAAAAAUAAUGUAUCAUGGAAAAAUCCUAUCUUUAUAAUGUUGUCUUUUCCCCAAAGAUUAUGGGGUUAUAUAAUCUGGAAAAUGACAAGCACUAAAAAUAAAGCAUGUUUAACCAAAAAAAAAAAAAAAA